AUGACUGAUAGCCAACCGCCGACAGUCAAGGAAUCUCAAUUGGCUUGCGAGUGUCCACCCAUACAAUCGACUACAUCGUUGGCAAAUGCUGGUUGUCCGGCCAAUGUUGUAACAAUUCCCGUGCCCAUUUUGCAAGCCGAAGGCAAUUUUGCUUACAUCACAGUCAAGGGUUCAUUGCAUGAUUAUACCUGCACCAUUUUUGGUCUAAAUCAGGCUGAGGUUCAAGCCUUAUCGAAGCGUUUCGAUAGCGGUGUCAAGCAGUGUGUUAAUGGUAUUAUGGUGGCAGUGCCACCAAUGGAAAUGUUGAAUACUUUGGCCCAAUUGAGCUACAAAGUUGUCUGCAGUUGCGGUGAGGCCGAAAUCUGUUGGACCAUGCAACGUGAAGUCUAAACUUUAUAUAAAAUCAGUCACAUCAUCACAAGCAUAAUUCAUUAACAAAGGAAAAGGAUAAAGAAAACAUUAUCAGUU